CGGGAGGGCGGGACCGGGAGCGGUCCGCCGUCCCGCCCGAUGGCCGACGAGACGCUCUUUCAGCUGCUGCACACGGAGAUGGUGAUCCAGGCCUCCCGCCGGGACCCGGACCCGCAGGGGGAGCAGCGGCCAGCGCUGACCGCCCUUGAGGGCGUGGGCUUCCGCGUGGGCCAGAGCCUCGCCGAGAGGCUGCCCAGAGAGGCCGGGCUGUUCCGGGAGGAGCUGGACGCGCUGAAGUUUCUGUGCAAGGAGCUGUGGGGAGCCGUGUUCCGGAAACAGAUCGACAAUCUGCGCACCAACCACCAGGGGACCUACGUCCUGCAGGACAACCACUUCGCCCUGCUGACCCAGAUGGCUAAUGGUCACCAGUAUCUGGAGGAGGCCCCCAAGGUGCGGCCGCAGCAUCCGCCCGCCUCGGCGGGGUUCCUCGCCUUCACGUGUGGUCUGGUGCGUGGGGCCCUGAGCACGCUGGGCAUCGAGAGCGUGGUGACCGCCGACGUGGCCCUGCUGCCCGCUUGUAAAUUCCAGGUGGUGGUCCAGAGGCAGUGAGCUGCCGAGGCCGGCCCUUCCCCCGCGGCCCUCCGCCCCUCCUGUCGUCCAUCCAUCUGUCCCUUCGCCGCCUCCUCCUUCCCUGCUCUUCUCCUGGCCCCACCCCCGGGGCAGCUGCUGAGGCUGGUGAGGCGGCCCGGCCCGGCCCGGGAGCCCUGCGGGCUGCUGAAAAGAUUUUCCUUUCCCUCCAUCCGGGGACCAGGGGGGCUGGCAGAGAUUGCAGCUCCCACAGUGCAGUGCCGCAACCAGCCCAAGGGCACGGAGCAUGUUGCCUACUGGGACACGUAGUCUGAGGCUGCUCGGCCCGCGGCAGCCAGCUUCCGCACAGGGCCUCCCUCUACCUCAGGAGUUUGUGGGAUCCACGGAGGGGUCUCAGUGCAGGGUGAGGGGUCCCGGUGGAGCCCGGGCUCCCUCCAGCUGGUGUCUCAAUAAAGUUUGUGUUGCCAGUUGUCGAGUC